UGCUGACUGAUGCCAGCAAUUACAGAGACACCUUUUGCCUCUGGAAAAACACCAUUUUCUUUUGAAAGAACCGCCUGGACCAGACAAAAAUGCUCAUCGCUCAACUUUCCCCAUGUAGCCCCCAUCACGAUGUGGAAGUCUGACAGGGACAGGGAGCAAGGGUCGAGGAAACCCAAUUGGUUGUGACAUCCUUGGAGCAGUUAACAAAAGACAGACAGACACAAAUAAUUGACAGUUGACAAGUGUGUCUUUUGUCGAAAAUUGAGCGAGAUCGGCGUCUUGGACGUUUCGGGGUCUGCAUGAGGCCGCUUUCGAUAGCAUCAGCCCUUGAACAACAUGUAGUCUACAUAUUCUUAGAGAUCUUCAACACCACGCUUAGAUUACCCGAAGCAGCAUUUCGGAAACAAAGCGAUGGAAGAAAACCAGCCAGAAUGGGAUUGUUGCCAAGUUUGCCCAUUGCUACAAUCUCCAUUCCCCUGAUAUUUUUGUACUUCUGAUGUUGGGUGGCUGAACUAACAGUCGGAUCCGGCGGGAGAGGAUACUUCGGCUUGUGAUCCUACCAACAAGAUGAGGGGUAGCUCUCUACUCAAAGCGGUUCAGUUCCUAGACUACCUCAUGGCAAAUUUGGUUCUCAAUUGAUCGGCAUCGAAAUCUCAAGCUUGGAUUUGGCCGAGUUUUCCACUGAUGGGUAGGACUCGAAUCCUUUGCGGAUCGCUUUUUAGCGGGAGACGUAAUAUCAGAUCAGGGCAAAGCGGGUGUCGUGCAUGCAUGAGACGGACUAGACUGUCUAGAUUACCAUCAACCUCUGAGCUGUACGGACGGUGCAUGCGGUCACGUCGGAUAAAAUGGAGGAUACAGACAGAGAGAGGUCAAAGUCAAAACCAAAAGGUCCACCAUGAGUUGCUUGCAUCCAUCCUUGGGGGGCGUGUGUGCAUGGAGAGGAGAGGAGAGGAGGAAGCGCUUUGUGAGACGAGUUUUGGAGAAAUGAUUGACCAUCGUCGAGUCCAACAAGUCAGAGAGACAAAAGGGUUCGUGUACGACCUCAGAAGUUGGGGAUUCACUGACCCAAGGUAUGCAUCUCGGACAGGUCACAGGCCCGCCCUUUGCGUGCGGCUGCGUAACCCUACAGUACUGUACGGUACAGCAGAGUUUCCUCUCCAGUAAGACAAUGCGCAGGAAUUAUCAUAACUCAUAAAGCAUGCCACAAACUGACUCUUCAUAAUCCCCAAUCUUUGGUUGGGAACCCAAUCGGCUGGUAGGCGGCCAAUUUGCGUUGCAUUUCAGACCACCAAACACGUCGGGUGAGCUGCUACCGACCCGAUAUGAGAUGCCAUCAUGAGAAAAAUUGAAAGGACAUUCUCGUACAAUUGAGGCUAGGGUAAAAGUAUCAUGAUAUCAGUCCUUGAGGUGUUCUAACAUCAGAUGUUAGUUGGGUCAGCCACAGACGAUACAUGACGAAAGGAUACGGGUA